CAUUUAGUUGAGAUUUUGCUGAGCGCUGUUGAAGCGGUUUCGUUACGGCGCAUUGUGACGACGACGACGACAACGAUUACAAAUGCGUCUGAUAUCGCAUUCCGCGAAAAUGACUUUUAGUUUUUUUCUUUUACUAAAUAAAUAAAUAUGGCAAUAAGAAAUUGCGUGAAAUAAUAUUUUUUUGCGGAAAUUCUGCUGUCGUAAAAUGCCUUUAAAAUCAACAGUGUAUACAAAUAUAAAAAGUGUUGUCAAUGCAAUUGGAAGCAAGGAAAUUAUUCCAAGUGAAGUGAAACGGUUUAAUCGGUGUGCGGGGGGUAAUCGGUGCUACAAAUAAUUAUUAGUGACGUCAUACUAUGUUUACAUGCAAAUUUGUGUAUGCGAUUAUUAGUCACGACUUUAUAUAAAAUUUAAACGACGCAUUCUGGCCUCUAGGCGGGAUUCAGAAUUGUAAGAAACGUAUUGUGAAAAACAUUAAAAAUUAUAAUUAAAUAAUCCGCAACCUCUAAAAACUUUAUAAACACACCCACCAGCCUUCUCGUUUCAAAAUAAUACACAGUUCAUAAUUUUUCCUACGGGAAAUAUCACAUAUAUGUAUAUAUACUCGUAUCUUCAUAUAAUCAAAAUGAAAUUGUUGUUGAAAGUGAAUUCAGAAAAAGCUCGCAAACGCUAUGUCAGCUCUGUGACUUUGCCAACCUCAUCAGCGAAUGGAACUGUUGCCACAAUAAAACGAAUCAAUCAAAACAGAACCAGUAUAAAUACCUCCAUUUUCCAGAAGCUAUCAACAUCCUCCAAACUUUUAAUAUUACUAAUUAUUUUAGUAAUAAUUGUAGCUGGCGUGAUUAUUUACAUUGAGAUACAACAAAGCAACAAAAAGACAGAUGCCGGACCUAUAUUGUUCGGCAACAGCUAUGAACAUGGGACAUUUCCGAAUUUAGGAAAUGGACAUCUGGUGAUCGAUCGCGAUCAAUGGGGCGCCUCGGAAUUGGCUAAAAAUCUAAAAAUACCACUAAAGCAUCCAAUACCAUAUGUACUCAUCACGCACAUUGGCGUCCAGUCGAAACCUUGUGAAAAUGUAUACAGAUGCUCGAUUAAAAUGCGCACAAUUCAAGAUUCAGCAAUUGCGGAAAAAAAUCUACCCGACAUACAGUCGAAUUUUUAUGUCGGAGACGAUGGCAACAUUUACGUCGGACGUGGUUGGGAUUACGCAAAUACAUAUGCAAAUGACACCUUGGCUGUUACGUUUAUGGGCGAUUACGGACGAUAUGAACCAAGUGAAAAACAAUUGGAAGCGGCCCAAUAUCUCUUGACACAUGCCGUCGUUAAUAAAUAUAUUAACUUGGCUUACAAAUUGGUGGCGCAAAAUCAGACCAAGGUCACAAAGAGUCCUGGUGCCAAUGUUUACCGUAACAUCAAAAAGUGGCAACACUUUUAUCCUUGUGGUAUAGGCGAUAAUCCGAGGUGCGGCGUAGAGCUGGGCAUGCCAGAUAUAUGGGAUGGCAAGAUGUAAAAGCAUCUUCAUGACAUUUAUUAGCAUAAGUAAUUAAAAAUAAAUUAUAUUGUAGUGAUUGAAUAAACUGUAGGUUUUGUUAGUUAUAAAAUAUCUUCAUACGUCUUUGUUAUAUUUUUCACCACAAACACUCAUUUUUGUAUGUAUGGUAAUAUAAAAAAUAUAUUUUUGUGUGCAUUAUAUUUGGAAAUUGUACAAUUUCACUGUUUUGUUAAAAUAUUUAAAGUCUAUUAUAAGCCUCUAUAUGAAUCAAACUUUA